AUGAAUCAGUCUCCCCUCCAGGUUCCGCAAAGGCACGCUCCGCCCUGUCCCAGGUCAGAAGGACGCUCACCCUACAUAAAGCAGCGGCACCCACCACGCUGGAACUCAGACUGCCUCGAGGUUGGACGCUGUGCACCUUCCUCCCGCUGGCACAUUCUGGGGACGCCUCACCCCACGGGCGGCUUGAAUCCAGACACCAUGUACUCUGUUCGCCCCCUCCAGCUGGUGGUUCUGCCGCUUCUCCUGGUGGGAACUGCGCUGGGAGAUGCUCCUCAAGCGCCGCCAGGAAAUAACGCGGAGAUCUGCCUCCUACCCCCGGACGAAGGGCCCUGCCGGGCCCGGAUCCCCAGUUACUACUAUGACAGGUAUACGCAGAGCUGCCGCGAGUUCAUGUAUGGGGGCUGCGAGGGCAAUGCCAACAAUUUCGAAACUUGGGAGGCCUGCGAUGAAGCUUGCUGGAGGAUACAGAAAGUUCCCAAGAUUUGCCGGUUGGAAGUCAGUAAGAGGCAGUGUGGGGAGCCCAGAGAAGUGUAUUUCUUCAAUCUAAGUUCCAUGGCAUGUGAAAAAUUCAUAUCUGGCGGGUGUCACAGCAGUGAGAACCGGUUCCCGGAUGAAGCUACUUGUAUGGGCUUCUGUGCACCAAAGAAAGGUCCAUCAUUUUGCUAUAGUCCAAAAGAUGAGGGACUAUGCUCUGCUAAUGCAACUCGCUAUUAUUUUAAUCCAAGACACAAAGCCUGUGAGGCCUUCACCUAUACUGGCUGUGGAGGGAAUAACAAUAACUUUGUUAACGUGAAGGACUGCAAACGCAUUUGUGUAAAAGCCUUGAAAAAGGGAAAGAACAAGAAGAUGCCAAAGCUUCUCUUUGCAAGUAGAAGACUGAAAAUUAAGAAGAAGCGAUUUUAACCCUUUUUUUUUCCGUAUGUCAUCUUGUGAAUGCCUUUAUGAUUAUAUCUGAAGGAUAAUAUGGUAACACAAGUAAGCGAAUCAUUAGUGAUUUAUUCACCAGUUCUUAUGUUAUAUUUUUAAAUUUGUGUAUUUUUUAUACAUAACUAGCUGCUAUUCAAAUGCGAAUCUAUUAUUUUAAAUUUAAUGUUCAACUAUUUUUUUAUGAGGUUAAAUUCUUGCUGUGCAUAAGAUAUAAAAGCAAAUAUGACUCACCCAGUUCUUGGGGUUGCUCUCCCUGAUUUCAGAAGAUGAUAGUAACUGAAAAAUAUAAGACAAUAUAAUCAUAUUCUUUUAACACAUAGGAUUAUAAAAAGGACCAGCAAAUAUAUUUAAUUUUGCAUUUAAAAGUUAGAUUAUAUUUUGGGGCCAAGGAGACAAACUUGCAGACUUACCAACACUUCAAAAAAUGUUACAAAUGCUACUAUGUAGACACUGCUAACUUAUUUCUAUUUCUACAGUGUCAUUUAAAAGAUAAUAAAAUAAAGUAACUUUUUUGACUGAAUUAAAAAGCUAGUAAAGUAAUUACAACCAGAAAUGCACUCCUCGGGUAGGGGUGGGGGGAUUCUCUGUCUCUCUCUCUCUUCAGCUAUCCAUCCAUCCCCACUCAGCGUUAAGUUGUUAAAAUUUUUGUACUGUUCAAGGUGCUUAUUUAUACUAUACCAGAGACAAUGCAUAAAUUUAAUAAUUUAAAUUCCACUAAUAAAAUAUUCCUGAUAAAUAUGAUCAUCCCAUUUUAAACAGUUUUUUUCUUUCUCUGUAACAACAAGAUUUUUUAAAAUUCCUACAUUUUCUUGGCAAGAUUAAUGUUUAAAAGUAUGCCCCUGAUAUGGCCAAAUUAUAAGUACAUUUGCCCUUUUCUUGAGCAAUGCCUCCUUUAAAAAUCUAUCCCAAAGGUAUUGUGACAAAAAAAACCCCCAAAAUGCUAAUAUGCCGUAGUUGAUAUAUUAUUUGGAAUAACUGAAAACUGGAAACAAACCAGAUACUCAUCAAUAGGGGGUUGGUUGAAGAAAUUAUGGAUGAAAAAUCAGCAAAUUAUCUAUAUGUGGAUAUCAUCUGAUCCUCAGGAUACAUUAAAGAAAAACAGGGUCUAGAACAAUAUGAAUAAAUACACACACACACACACACACAAAUCACAGAAGAUACAAAGAUAUUAAAAAUGUUUACCUAUAAGAUGAGGUAGGAGACAAAGGAUUGGACAGGUAUGGAAGUGAAAUUUAUGUGAAUGUACCUUACUAUAAUUUUGAUCCUGGAUCAUGUAAAUAUUUUGUGUAAUUAAAAAACAAAAUUAAAUCAAAAAGAAUAAAAAGCAUUCCUUCUAAAACUGGAAACAAGACAAAACAAUUGAACCUAAAUGAAUAUCAAAUAGUGGCAUAACUACAAAAAGGGUAUAUAAUUAUUUUC